AUAUUCCGUUGUGGUUGAAUUUGAAUUAAAUGACAAGUUUGACUUUAACUGUUACAUUUACUUACCAAAACAGUAAUAUCUAUUAAAUUUUAUGUUGUUUAAAUAUUGUUGAAAUAGAACUACUUAUACCCAUGUUACAAUAAAAUUUUUGUUAUCCAGUAAACAAUUGCAUCUCUACUUACCUGUAUAGUUUGUUUGUGUCGUUUGUUUCAAUUUGCAACUUCGUAGCUGAUCAACAAUAUCACCUUUUGUAUUACGUUUAUUAGGAACUUAAACUUGAGCUCAAGUUAGAUUUAGAAAGUACAUGCCAUGAACUCUCCGCUUCAUGUAGAAGUGGUGCAGAAAAGAAAGAGUCGUGCAAAUAAAGAUUAUGUCAAGGAAAUGGUGCAUUCCUAUCUCAGCAAUUUUGCUUGUCUAAGUCCUGGUACAACAAUGGUCGAAAGUGAUUUUAAAGAAUUUAAUGAACUCCACGAACAUGUACAGUCGGUUACAUUAUGUGAAGUAGAACAUAAUAUCGAAGUACAAAUGAGGAACACAGAACUUGUUUAUCACAUUUAUAAGUUGGAUUCGUUCGGCGUAGAAACGGAUACGAUGACCGAUAAUGCAUCCGGUGAAGAACUGACCGCUGCUGAUGUGUGGACCCUGCCGUCGGAAGAGUUCUUUGGAUUAUGGGAAAGCCUUAUUUACGAUUCAAAACUCAAAGAAGACAUAUUGCGGUUCGCAGAGACCGCCUUCGAGUUCGCAGAUCGCGGUGUCAAUCCGACUAUAGUCGGCUGUAAUCGCGUAGUGCUGCUACACGGACCACCCGGAACCGGCAAGACGAGCCUGUGCCGAGCUCUCGCUCAAAAACUCGCUAUACGACUCGGAGACAAGUUUCCGCGAGCGCGACUCCUCGAGAUCAACGCCCACGGCCUGUUCUCUAAAUGGUUCUCGGAGAGUGGAAAGCUCGUGUCGCGGCUGUUCGACAGCAUCCGGGAGAUAGUGGAGGACCGGCGGUUACUCGCGUGCGUCCUCGUCGACGAGGUGGAGUCGCUGGCGCACGCGCGCCGAUCCGCACUCGCCGGCCUAGAGCCGUCGGACUCUAUCCGCGCCGUCAACGCGAUCCUCACCCAGCUGGACCGCCUGCGCCGCCACCCCAACGCGCUCGUGCUCGCUACCUCCAACGUGACCGGCGCCAUCGACGUCGCGUUCGUGGACCGCGCGGACGUGAAGCGGCUCGUGGGCCCGCCGACUGCGCGCGCCGCGUACGAAAUCCUGCGCGGCUGCUGCGACGAGCUGAUGGCGCGCGGCGUGGUGGCGCCCCGCGAGCGCGUGUUCGCGCUGCGGGUGCUGGAGGGCUCGCGGUUCGCGGAGAGCGACACGGCGCGCGCCAGCCUGCGGCUGUGGGCGGCGGCGCAGCAGGCGGCCGCGGCGCGGCUGUCGGCGCGCGCGCUGCGCCGCCUGCCGCUGCUGGCGCGGGCGCUGCACUGCGGCGCUGCGCCGCCGCCGCCGCCGCUGCUGCGCUUCGUGGACGCACUGCACGCCGCGCUGCGACACCACCUCGCCGAUACCGCCGACCUCGUCGACGGCGAACAAGCUUUAUGAGCUGACCGGUUAUGUUAAUAGAAGCCUCUCAUGCAAUACACUGGCAAGGACAGUGUUAUGAUAUGAAUUCUCAUGAGAAAAUUUUAUAAGAGAACUGUGAUAUUAUUGUAUUAGUUCUGCACUAAUAUUGAUUGUUCACGUGGUUUUUGUUUAAAAGUUCACAUAAUAAGAAUUUACUAUUUUCUUGUGCACAACAAUUAUCCUGACCCAAGCAUAAAAAUUUUAGAGGAUUAAAUAAUGACUGGAAACACUGGCGUAUAAAAAACCAAUAAAUGUUUAGAAACUGAUUCAGGUUUGAUUGUAUGUUGUAUGUUAUAUUACAUAUAUUUAGUGGUGGGAAAUCCUUAUAUUAAAGAAACACUUGGUAUGCACUCAAGAGAUAUAAGAUGUACUAACAAGGAACAGUGUUUACAAUAAUUAAAUAUAGAACAAAUGUAUAAUUACAGUUAAGCUCGUAUAUAUAUACUCGUAUAAAUUAUACUUAAAAUCUGCACAAUGAAUACAGUAGAGAAAUAAAAUCAAUUGAAUGUGAGAUUAACUCACAUGUUUCAUACAUAAAUAUAUAUGACAAAACAACAUGGCAUUUCUAAUACAAAAUAUACAUCUAAUAGUUAUUAUCAUUGAUAUUAUAAUUCCUAAUUUCUUAUUUUAGACCAUAAUUGUGGUUAAAAACUGGAUGGCACCACUAAGUUUGUAUUUGAAUAUUUAUUUGAUAAUUUCUCAAGAACUACUGUCUAGUUGGAAACAUUGUUUUAUUUUUCUCGACUCUACUCGUCGUGUAUAUUAACACAUAUAUUUUUAUAAGUUGUAAGCUGACGUGGCAAUGGGUUGUAUAAAUAUUCACUAUUAAUAUUAAAUUUUAAAUUAAUA